AUCUAGCUGAGCCCGCCAAUGUUGGAAAGCCAAUUUCCUGUGUGUUCUCGAAAUAUCAAUGUUACAUGAAAAUUGAUACAUAUGAAACUACAUUUUCUUACACAAUUCACUCCCCCUAUGAUCUGGCCAUAAGUGAUUCUAAAUUCGCAGAGAUAGGAGAAACCGAUGAGAUCGUGAUAUCGUACAUGGUGCAAGAGACCGUCUCCAGUGACUUGAUUAGAAGUUUAACGGUGAAUCAACGCAAUUGUAUCUUUUUUGAUGAACAUCAUGCAGGACACGAGUUUUACAGUUACAAUCUAUGUUUGAUGCGUUGCCGAGCCACCCGAGCAUUCAAACUAUGUCGUUGUGUUCCGCAUUUCUAUCCCUUCAUUGAUGGCCCCAAAUGCAAAGUUGAUGACUUGCUCUGCCUAUCGAAGGACUUGCGAUGGCACGAAAAGAAGUUCUGUAAAUGUCUGAAACCAUGUAACGAAAUAGUAUAUGUACCAGUUCACAUUAGCAAAACCACGUGGGUUACCGAGGAUGGGCUACCUUUCAAACAAAAGUCAACAGUUCGUUGGGAAUUAUUGCAACCGAAAACUCGAUUUAGGAGAAGAGUUUUGUUUAGUUUCGAGGAUCUGCUUGUUUCAUUUGGAGGAGGUAUAUCUUUAUUCACCGGAAAAUGUCUUCUAACAUUUGCCCAAAGCAUGGAGUUGGUGCUAACGUUUAUGUUUCAUAAAAUAUUGCGUUUGUUAAAUCUAAUAUAAUCAGCAGAGGGAUUCUGUUUUCUGUGAUUAAAAUUUGAAAUUGAAAUAUUCUAGACACAGACAUCAAUACGAUUCGGUGUACAUCCAAUGCGGUGUUCGCAAGGUACCCAACUUUUUCACUAGAUUCCAAGAUUAAACCUGAAAUUGAAACUGAACACACAGAAUUCAACAACUGAGUAAAUAUAAAUUACUAUUGAAUAGUUAUAAUUCACCUCUCAACGUAU